UGUGGCACUCACUGAUCUCAUCUCCAGCUCCUCCGUCCUUUGACUCUUUUCAUCUCCUCUCAGAUUUCCUCCCAUUUACCCGCAAAAGACCAAUAAGUGGCUGCACCCUGAUGACUUUAGCGGCUCCUUAAUGAGGCAAUGGCAGGAGGGGGAGGUCACAAAGGGUUAAUUUAAAGCCCCCUCCUCCUCCUCCCUUCUUGCAGUUUGUAAAUGUGUAGAAGUGCUUGGAGAGCGGCUCAGAGUGGAUCUCCUGCUCCUCCAGUCCUCAUCCCUGUCCUGGACUCUUCUUAGGUGGACUCCUCAGGAUUGUCUCCUCUACACAACUUCUUAGGAAUGUCACGGGCUGGAUAUUACCCUGUGUGACUUCUCCUCUGCCAGCACCUGCCCCUUCUAUUGCCUGGGAUCACAAAUUACCUAAAGAGGAACCGCAGAGAGAAGACCUAACAUAACACUGAUACAAUAUAGAAGAUCUAAUAGGGUGGCACGUAGUGCCUGGCAUGGCUGGAGGCAUCUGUAUGACUCUUCUGCUCCUCCUCGUCAUUCCCGCAGGGAGCAGGAAGAGCUGGAGAAGACGUGGCCAACAGCUUAUACCAAACAGCCGAGAGCGAACGGAAGGAGGUGGAGAGAGCUUCCCACUGGAUUUCACUGCUGUAGAGGGAAAUAUGGACAAUUUUAUGACUCAGAUUAAGAACUUGGCACAGUCUUUGUACCCAUGCUCAGCACAGCGUUUAGAUGAGGAGAUGAAACUCCACCUUUUGAGCAACCACUCUAUCACUUGUAAUGAUGGGAGUCCAGCUGGUUACUACCUAAAAGAGUCCAAAGGCAGCCGGCGGUGGCUCGUCUUUUUGGAAGGUGGCUGGUACUGCAUUAGCCGUGAGAACUGUGACCUCCGCUAUGACACCAUGAGGAGACUCAUGAGCUCUAAAGGAUGGCCUGCCACGAAAAAAGCUUCAGGAAUUUUGUCAACUCAGCCCGAGGAGAAUCCACAUUGGUGGAAUGCUAACAUGGUAUUUAUUCCCUACUGUUCCAGUGAUGUCUGGAGUGGAGCUUCACCCAAAUCCGAAAAAAGUGACUAUGCUUUCAUGGGUUCACUUAUUAUACAAGAGGUUGUGAAGGAACUCUUGGGAAAAGGACUAGACACAGCUAAAGUGCUUCUCUUAGCUGGCAGCAGUGCUGGUGGAACUGGUGUUCUUCUAAAUGUAGACAUGGUGGCAGAACAACUAGAAGAACUGGGCUACACUGGGAUCCAAGUCCGUGGUCUGUCAGAUUCUGGCUGGUUCCUUGAUAAUCAGCAGUAUAGUAGGACGGACUGCACAGACAUUAUCACGUGCGCCCCUACCGAGGCCAUCCAGAGAGGAAUCAGAUACUGGAAUGGGGUCGUUCCAGAGAGGUGCAGGCAACAAUUCAAAGAAGGGGAAGAAUGGAACUGCUUCUUUGGCUACAAGAUCUACCCCACACUGAGAAGUCCUGUAUUUGUAGUGCAGUGGUUAUUUGAUGAAGCCCAGCUGACGGUGGACAAUGUCCAUUUGAGUGGGCAACCGGUGCAGGAAAAUCAAUGGAACUAUAUUCAGAACUUGGGUCGUGAGCUUCGCAACACCCUGAAGGAUGUAGGGGCCAGCUUUGCUCCUGCGUGUCUGUCUCAUGAAGUCAUAACAAGGACUCACUGGACCGAGGUGCAGGUUCGUGGGACAUCUCUACCCCGAGCACUGCACUGUUGGGACCGCAGUCUACAAGAAACUAACAAGAACAGCAAGACCCCAUUAAAGGGAUGCCCCUUCCACUUAAUGGACAGCUGCCCAUGGCCACAAUGUAACCCCACUUGCCCCUCCAUUCGAGACCACUUCACAGGGCAGGAGAUGAGUGUGGUCCAAUUUCUCAUGCACCUUGGCUUUGAUGUUCAAAAGAUGGCGAGCCAACAAGGCAUGGAGCCAAGCAAACUGCUGGGUGUGCUUAGUAGCUAGUUAGGGGCGAGCUCUGUGUAAAAGGGUUGCGGUCUGAUAUUUAUGGGAAGGGUCUUUUAGGGGUAAGGUGCCUGACAAUAAAGAAAUGGUAACAUAUUUAUGAGGACAUGAAAGGGUAAGAGGAAGUGAAGUCAAUGUCAGAUGAUCACGGGGAUUUGGCACGUGUAACUUUAGAGCCACAAUCCAACUACAAAUGGGUGCUCUUCUAAAAUGUCUGACCUCCAUCGUCUCCAAUGGGGGGACAUCAACCCAAUGUGCCCUUAUCUAUAGUGACUUCAUAGUCUGAGACCUAUAGAAGAUCAUUUUUAGAUCGUUUUUUGUAAGAUAUUUGUUUUUUUAUUAUUUUUAUAAAACUAAGCAAACAAACCUCAUUCCCGGGGGAGCCAUGUUAUUUAUUGGAGUUUGUAAAUCCUAUUUAUGAAUGAGGGCAGGAGAGCUGCCCCGUGUACAGUUGUAAAUAGUACCUGCAUGUUCUGUAUCAUGGAAACUAUU